AUGUCUCCUUAUAUGAACGCGCGAGUGAAAGGCGGGCGUGGAGGCGCAGGGAUGAAGACGAACACGUUUGGCGUUUUGGGGACGAGACCCCACGCAGCCAACAAGGUAGGACAAACAUGGCGGCAAAGAAGUGGCGAUUUGAUGCAGGCUAUAGUGCCCAGAAGCAGCAGUCCGGUCACACUUUACGUGGAGCUGCCAUGCGCCAUUGAGCAAGCCUUUCCAACAAUCGCGUGGGACGACAUAGAAGACUGCACCAGGCGAAGGGAGGGCGACUCGCUGGGCUCUCAGGUGAACGAAUCUGAUGGAGAUGAGCAAGACUUUGGCGACUUUGCGCUGGAUUUUAUGGCAGAUUCUCCGGCCACUCUGGAGAGCAGCCUGUGUCCCGCAGAACUGGUCCCCUUUCAGGGCUGCGUCAUACCUCCCCUGUCCCCUCGGCAAGUCUUGUCCCCUGCAGAGGAUAGCCUGCUUCCGGUUUCUCCGGCGGACAUCACCGGCCAGAAUGGAGCACUUUGGACGGGCGUCAGCGGGACGGAAUGUUCUGUGGAAGCUGACAACAAGGGAAGACAAGAGGAAAGUGAGGAGGCGGACUUUCACCUGAGGCAGCUUGCAUGCCGAGCAAAGCUGCUGGCGUCCGUGCUGGAGAAACUAAUGGCCAUCAGAGAGACAGCCAUGCCUAAAGCGGUGAGUCCCUGCAAGCGGCGGCGACUGGAUCAGGGGUGCGAGACCUCGGACUCCGUGGAGGAAAUGCUGAGGGACGUCAGCACACGCUGCAAUGCCGUGCUGCUGCAGGCCUCUGCGGGCGUGGACGGUCCACCGCGGGACUCGAACGCCGUCCCCAUGUUUGGCUCCUUCUCAGGCCUGCAGAUGUCCGUGGGCAGGGAAAGCGGCGCGAGGACGGACGAGUCGGAAGAGAGCGUCUCGUCUUUCCGCACUCGCGUUCGAGAACACGGCACGAUGAGGACGCAGGUGUUCCCCCAUGGUCGAGCCUUCACCUCCAGCACACAGCAAGGAGGCUACCGCUUUCGCUGGGUCCCCAACCACAGCUGAAGGCAAAAUUACACACACUCUUUCGGGGUGUUCCAAUACAAAACCGACAUUGGGGCCUGUGCCGAUAUCAAUCUGAUAUAAUACCAGCGUGAAUCACACAUACUCCUAUUAAAUAUAUAUAGGUAUGAAAAACACUAACCUAUUUAUUAAUAGCCAUCUGGAAUGGACUUAUGCUGUCCUUAAGUUGAAGUGGAGUGGUAAUUGUUGUUCAUGGCCACACCAAGCGGUCACAAUAGUUAAUCACAUUAAGGUCACAAUGCAGUAAGUUGAAUGAUGCGGACACGUUUGUUACUGGAUACUUUCUACUAUGCCUCUGCCUUAGAGACUUUGCAUGUACAAGUAAAAUGCAGCUAUAAUAUAUUAUUUAAUUAUUUUCC